AUGAGUCUCGCGGCCAAUCGUGUCAACAACUCCAGUCUCAGAUCAGCCCCUUGGAACAACCUCCUCUACUGGCUUUAUGUAACAAUAAAGCGAGAAAUUGAAAUAUCAUAUGCGUUCAUGGAGAGCAACUUUGACGCAGCUUUCGUCCCUUUCCCCAUCUUCGCUACCGCUUCGUUACUACACCGGAAGGGAACCUAUGAAGAAGUCGUAUCUUCUCUCACCAACACACUGCUCUACGGUUUCUUCUUCUACUACAGCACGGAACUAGCAAACAAUGCCGACGGGGGCACAAUCGAAGACGAGAUUAACAAACCAAACCGACCAAUAGUGCAGUCCCAAACCACCGUGGCUGCAGCCAAACUACGAUUCUACCUCGCAUCAGCAAUGUGGCUCUUAUUAAGCUACAUCCUAGACGUCUACAUCUGGUCUCUGCUCUGGAUAGCUGUUCUCGUUUCCCACUAUCUACUACGAGCAUCCAGAAUAGGUCCUGCGAAAGAUCUUUGCAUUGUUCUAGGUGUCACUUCCCAACUCAUGGCCUGUUGGAAGUUGGGUGGCUCCGACAUGCAUGACGGCUGGAGAUGGGUUAAAUUAAUUAUCCUCUGGAUUUUCUUCACCGUUCCCAUUCAGGACUUUCGUGAUGUUCCCGGUUAUUUGGCCGCGGGGCGUAGAACGACACCAAUUCUUUUGGGGGAUUUCCCGGCCCGUAUCUAUGCAUCGAUGGGACUAGUUGCAACCGAGUAUAUCCUCAUCACCCACAGAGUCUUCGAGUUCGGAUACACUCUGCCCACGGCACUUAUGACUUCUCUCAUAAGUCUUCUCACUCUAGGCCUCAUCUACCGGUUGACCCGACUUCGAACCAUCGUGCAUGACCGAGUUUCAUAUAGGUGGUACAUCGCGCUGUACAAUUUGAUCUUAAUUACCGCGUGCGUCUCAUUCGCCUCCCGGGAUUGCAGCAUUAGUUCAAAGCUGUCGCUAUAA